AUGUUAAACAAUAUCUUGUCAAAAGUGAAUGCCAUUUAUGAACAUGGAAGUGGAAAUGCUUCAGAGUGUGGUGGUGACUGGUUCAAAUAUAGAGAUUCCUGUUACUUUGUUAUCUCAAAAAAAAAUAGUUUCCAAUCAGCAGAGAACGAAUGUAGACAACUGAAUGCACAUGUAGUUCGUUUGGAAACAAAAGAAGAAAACGAGUUUCUGAAAUCUUAUAUGGACAAGCAUGUUGAAGAUACAAAAAUAUACUGGAUUGGAAUAACUGACGUCGAAAAAGAAGGAGUGUGGAAGUUAUCAGGUACAGGCAGAGUUGUACCAUAUACAGACUGGAAAGGCAAUGAGCCAAACGAUUUCAGAGGAAGAGAAGAUUGUGCUGUAUUACAUCAUCACACUCAAUGGUCCGGUUGGAUGGAUGUACCUUGCGAAAAUAGUUACCCAGUUUUUUGUGAGAGACACAGAGAGAGAGGGACUGAAUAUUAA